AUGUCCGGGAAACUGAUUAUGAAACGCAAACGUGCGGAUCAGCUAAGAACCCAGCAGGCUGAGGAGCAGCAGGACAAGGAGCUGGACCAGGAGGCAACUGGCGAGAAGCGCCAUCGCUUGGAGUUGGAGCCCAGAUCGGAUACACCACCUGCUCAGCCCUCCCAUAGCCCGGCAAACGAUAUUGGAGAUGCGCCCAACAGCAUUUUGCUCGAGGCACUGCAAAAGAUCAUGGAGCUGCAGUCAGAGCUGGACUCGUUUGAACAGGAUUUGGACGAACGCGAGGCCAGCGCGUUCGACAGCGACGAAGAAGUCCUCGAGGGUGCCGAGCUGGCAGCCAACUUUCCAGCGCCAGCCCGACGCAGUGAAGCGGAGGCUCUAGGCUUUGCCAUGUGCGCACGCGAAACGCUGCUCUUCCUGCAGAGCGAGGGUGUCUCUACGGAGUCCGUGCUGUACAAGGCGCUGCUCGGCAAGCUGGUAGGCCAAAGUGACGGACUUUUACAUGCCUAA